CAUCGCGCGCGCGCGCGCUCACACACACACACACACACACACGGAGCGUGCCUGGUGCCGCCGGACACACGGACGCACAGCCUCGUCCCGCUCACGACGCCGCCGCCGCCCUUGGCAGGGCUCUGGUCCUCUCCACGACCGUCCACGCCCGCCUAGAGUGUGCCUCCCCGCUGGUUCAAAGUGCCUGACGCCUUCCACUCCUCGGCCGAUGCCCUUUCGUCUGCCCGCCAAGGGGGGUGGUGGAAGACAGCUCAAAUUGUCGGAGAUCUACUCUCUCCCCACCGUCCAGAGGAAUGGACCCCGAAAUUUUGAGAUCGACGAAGACAGCGUCGGAGACAUUCAGUGUCAAGAGGAAAACACAACUGAGACAUAUUUGAUCCAAGAGCAUAAUGGCGAUGACGACGCUCACAGGGGUGGUCAACACCCUGAUAACGAUGAGCCAGCACGCAUUCAGGCCUCUUCUCUUAAACCGGUAAAAAACUCGACCGGUGCACUGAAUGCAAAACACGUUGAAGAUGAAUUUGUCAGACCCAGUAUCCCUAGGCCUAGAACUGAAAAACCUUUUCAGUGUGACGUGUGCGGAAAGUAUUUUUCUUGUAAAAAAUCUCUUAUUCAGCACAAACGCCUUCAUACUGGAGAAAAACCAUUUCAGUGUGACGUGUGCAGGAAGCGCUUUAAUUGUCCAUCUAAUUUUCGAAAGCACAAAUUGGUUCAUUCCCGCGCAAUGUCGAAGAUCCGCAAUUACGUUACGUCGUUCAAUCCUACUUAGAUCAAAGAGACACUCAAAAUUAUUUGCGAGCUGCUAUUUAUAUUCAUAACGGGCGUUUUGAAACUACUUUCAUUCCUUCCGUAAUCUUAUGUGUUUAUUUUAUGCGUAAAUCUGACCAUUUCAAAAGAAAUUAUCAUCCAUUUUAUUGCAUUUUAAAUUUCAAGAUAUUAUCUGAAACAAAAUAUUAAAUUUGAUUUCUUUGAGGAAAAACUUGUUGUCCCCUUCCCUUUCCCCCUCACUUUUCCCGCUUUUUAUUCGGGCCUCUAAAACUCCCCUAAGCUUCGUUCGUGCCGCCCUCGCGCCUCGUGGAACUCUGCGGGGCCGCUCGGCGGUUUUGGCGCCGGAAACAGGAACACCUCCCCGUGACGGACCAAACAUGAGACCGGAUUCCGACCGCCGGUGGUCGUGACGACGGGCUGGGAGGUGUUAAUGGACUCCGAGGAGGAAGCAGGGCACAGUGCACCAGAGGACGCCUUGCACCGCGCCGCCCGGCGGGCCCGGCAGUCAGUGCCAUCCAAUGGCACGUGACCACGCCCCGCGCUGCGCCGCCUGGCUACCGUACGACACCGUGUCAUUUUAAGCAGGCGCUGCAGCUCACCUCCCUCCGCUAAGGCCGCCGCCGCCGCCUCGUCCUUCCUCGACGCGCGCCUUAACCUUUUUAUUAGUUUUGUGAUGGUGUUUAUCUUGUCGUUGCGGUGCGCGGGCUGCUACUGCUCUCACUGACGACACCUCUUGCGUUGAUCAGAGAAACGCCAAUCUGCGACGUUGGGAUGUGCGCGCCGCGCGAGACGUCCCUCUAACUCAUUCAGAUCGAUCAUCGUUCGGAGGAGCGGCGGGCAGGCCGGGGCAUUGCUCGGGCGGACAGCUCCGUGGCCUCACUCUCGCGGAGGUCGAUCACGCGUCGAGACUAUCGAAUCUGCACGACGCCGCGGAUGACACUCGCGCCCUUGCUCCGUGCCCCGUGUCAGCCUUGGCGCCCCGUCGGCCCGGCCAGCCAGGCGGCCGGAGCCACGUAACUCGACCGCGUCCCGCCGCAGUUAGGCCGCACCUCAUUAGGGCGAGCAUUAGAGGUUAUGGUUGGCCUAGGUCGGGCUGGGCCGGGCGCAUCAGGCACAAAGGGCCCCGCUGAUCCUGCCCUUGGCCCUGGCAGAGACAAAGGGCGCCCAACUGAAUACGAAUGGGCGCAUCAACAGAGUGCGUGCAUUUAUGAAAAGAAGUACGCGCCGGUGCGCGCGCGCUCACUUCAGUUCAAACGGUACCUCCGAGGUAAAGUUUGUAGAGCGUCGUCGGGGGUGUUGCUGUAGCCAGCGGAAGCCGGCCUCAACUGUUGACGCUGGCGCGUGUUGACGUUGCACUGUGCUUGCCCCACCCGGUCGUUCGCCUGAUUAACAGUUCGGGAGCAGCCGAACCUGACGCCAGUCAGUGAUUGUGCAGACCUCACGCGGAACCGUGUGCGUUAGGAGCAAUAUGGUGCUGGCCUUUUUGUUCGGUUGCAGCAACGCUUGAAGGCGGGUUGAUCAGGACAGCCGCUGCAGUUUUGACUGCAAGCCCUUCAGACAGGCGCGACACUACCGAGGGGGGACUCCCCAGUAAGGCAUAUGCGCAGCGGUGAAAUGGGCUCCUACUCGCCUCCCUGGGAAACGUUGUACAUUCACCACAAUCGAUUGGAAUCGUUUUGGAAGCGUUCCAGCUGCGCCGCGCGGCCUGCGGGUGUCAAAGACGUAUAACCUAUUUUCCAGCAGCAGCAACAGCCGCGCCUGCCUGUCCAGGGAGCGCGCGGGAGAGGGCGGUGGCCUCCUGGAGGAAGGAGUGUCGGGCGAGCGCCAGCCGGCAAGGCCGGGCCCGAAACAACUGCGGAAAAAGAUGUCAACUUGUCGCAUGGAUUUUUCUCUCCUUUGCAAUCGUCGAUGUGCGACUCGGUCUGGUCCUUUGGCGCUGUCGCUCCGCUCGAUGAUGAUGAUGUGCGCCGCAUGACGACGUGCCGGCCCAAAGCUGGCGCACAAUGGGGGCCGCACUCGAGCCGCCAGCGGAGCGAUGAGCAGCGAGUGUGUUUACGCAAGUAGUGUAAGAGCGUCGUGAGUCUUUCGCGCCCCCGGCGCCCCUCCUCUCCUCCUCAAGGCAUAUCAAACUGUCAGCCCCGUGAAUGGGUGUGCAAAACACCGUAGUGUGGCGAGGAGCAGACUGGCGCAGUAUGGUGUUGUUGCCGCGCUGCUCUUGGAGACUUGGACGCCCGAGCGGGCCGAGAGAGGGGGGGCUCACUUGGACCUGCAUACCGUUUCAGAUAUUCAACAUAACGUGGAAAAGAAAACCACAGCAAAAUAUGUCCCAUGUGGUACGUACCUAAUAUGAUUUGAUAAAUACUAAAUGUCUCAAAAUAAACAAGUGAAAAUCCGACAUGUGCCAAAAAUUGUAAUACGUUCGCUAUUGUUUGUUUUUUUGUGUUUUUUUUUUUAAGGUUAAGGCAUGCUGUCAUAUAAUUUCAAAAUGAAACGUUUGUUUCCCAAUGUUGUGUGCUCCUGAAAUACAUUUCAUCCCGCUACAAAUUAAUCUGUCUGCUGUUGGCUGGUGCGCGCUGCCGCCGCGCGGCGGGGCCCCCGGGCGACUCAGGGCCAAGGGCGGCCCGUAUCCUCCUGACGGGCAUGGCCCUUCCCCCUGUCACAGACGGGCCGUCGGGCGCCGUCAGGGUCCGGGCGGGGAAGGGAAGGGGCGCUCGCGUGGCGGGCGGGGAGGGGGAGGCGGCCGCGGGAUACACACAGCAGUACUACAGCCCGUUCCGUUGAGUCCGCGCCGCGGCGCGCCGCUCCCCACCGCUCCCCUUCCUCCCCGCCUCCAGCUGCUCCUCCGCGAGGGCGGCCGCGUGGCUUGAGCCGCCGCUGCAGUUUAACGGUGAUGCCUGGCCGGGUGGGUGCUCCACUGCUCCAUUGAGUGCGCCGGCGUCCACGGCGUGCGGCGGUCCAGCGGUCCAGCAUCCCCUCCCUCUUCUUUCACCCCCUCUCCUGGUCAGCGGGGCGGCGGCGGCUGGUCCGUAAGGGCCACACAAACUAUCCUCCAGACAGUGUCGCGUCGACGUCCGCCGUGCGUCCAGGGGGAACGUCUCAGCUGCCAUCCGGGAGUCCUUCAGGAAGUCCAGGAGUGUCCAGCUGCGCCGCUACGGCCGUAGUCCUGUGGUGUGUGAUGCCCAGAAGGGCCUGAGUGCAGUGCGUCGAGUUGUUGCUGCUUCUGCUACCGACGUGAAGAUGGCACUUUACAGGAAUACCACG